CCCUGCGCGCCCCGCCGGGCUCGGUGAGGUCCCGACUCCAGCGCGAAGCCUCGCCCGGGACAGCACCCCGCGCCCCACCCACACCCAGUCGGUCCGCGAGCGUCGUCGGGUCGGGGCUAGCCCGGCGGAGCUCGGCCUCAGGGACGCGCCUCGGCUGCCACGCCCCGCGCCUCCGGGACCAUGCUGCGCUGGCUGCGGGGCUUCGUGCUGCCCACGGCGGCCUGCCUGGAGGAGGACCCGCGGAAGCGCUACGAGACCCUCUUCCAGAAGCUGGACCUCAAUGCCGAUGGCGUGGUGGACAUCAGGGAGCUGCAGGAGGGGCUCCGGAGCAUGGGCAUCCCCCUGGGCCAGGACGCCGAGGAGAAAAUUUUCACUACUGGUGAUAGCAACAAAGACGGGAGGCUGGAUUUUGAAGAGUUUAUGAAGUACCUGAAAGACCAUGAGAAAAAAAUGAAAUUGGCAUUUAAGACUUUGGACAAAAAUAAUGAUGGAAAAAUCGAAGCUUCAGAAAUUGUCGAGUCUCUGAAGUUACUUGGCCUCACUAUUUCUGAACAGCAAGCUGAGUUGAUUCUUCAAAGCAUUGAUGCUGAUGGAACAAUGACAGUGGACUGGGAUGAAUGGAGAGACUACUUCCUAUUUAACCCUGCUACAGACAUUGAGGGAAUUAUCUAUUUCUGGAAACAUUCUACUGGUCUUGACAUAGGAGAUAGUUUAGCUAUUCCGGAUGAAUUCACUGAAGAUGAAAAGAAGUCGGGUCAGUGGUGGAGGCAGCUUUUGGCGGGAGCCAUUGCUGGUGCCGUCUCUCGAACAAACACUGCACCUUUGGACCGUCUGAAAGUCAUGAUGCAGGUCCACGGUUCAAAAUCACACAAAAUGAGCAUAUAUGAUGGCUUUCGACAGAUGGUGAAAGAAGGAGGGAUCCUCUCCCUCUGGAGAGGAAACGGUACCAAUGUCAUUAAAAUUGCCCCAGAGACAGCUGUUAAAUUCUAUGCGUAUGAACAGUACAAGAAGUUGCUUACUGAAGAAGGACAGAAAAUAGGAACCUUUGAGAGGUUUAUUUCUGGUUCCAUGGCUGGAGCAACUGCACAGACUUUCAUUUACCCCAUGGAGGUUUUGAAAACCAGGCUGGCUGUAGGUAAAACUGGCCAGUAUUCUGGACUAGUCCAUUGUGCCAAGAAGAUUUUGAAACAUGAAGGCGUGGGAGCUUUUUACAAAGGCUACAUUCCCAAUUUAUUAGGCAUCAUACCUUAUGCGGGCAUAGAUCUUGCUGUCUAUGAGCUCUUGAAGUCCUAUUGGCUAGAUAAUUUUGCCAAAGACUCUGUCAACCCCGGAGUUGUGGUAUUACUGGGGUGCGGUGCCUUAUCCAGCACCUGUGGUCAGCUGGCCAGCUACCCCUUGGCUUUGGUGAGGACUCGCAUGCAGGCUCAAGCUAUGGUAGAAGGAGCCCCGCAGCUGAAUAUGGUUGGCCUCUUUCAGCGAAUAAUUUCCAAAGAAGGAGUGGCAGGACUGUACCGAGGCAUCACUCCAAACUUCAUGAAAGUGAUCCCUGCUGUGGGCAUCAGCUAUGUGGCUUAUGAAAAUAUGAAACGAACUUUAGGAGUAACCCAGAAAUAACAUGUUGAUUGUAUUGCGUUAACAUUGAUGAUCAAAAUUUUCAACACUUGCAAACGUGACUUUUUUUUCCAGAAUUGUAACAAGCCUAUGGCUAAGGAAACUGUCUUUUUUUCACAAAAGGGAGGAGAAUAUCAAUGAUCACUUCAGAUUUUGAACUUGAUUUUAUAUGUAUAUAUAUAAUGAUAAAAAUAAUGGUUUUGAUAUUUCAUACAAUUUUGGAAAGGUCACAUGGUUGAUUUUUAUUUCUUACUAGUCCUUUUAUAAAUCUCUGCCUUUGAACAAUAAAUCUGGAAACAUUUGCUUGAACUAAACUUGUUUUGUGUGGAGCAUUGUAAAUCGUCCAUCUUUAUUUUGAUGGACGUAUAUGAGUUCCUUUAUACUUCACUGUCUUUUUCUUGAAAACCAAAUGAACAGAAAGCUUUGAAACUUAAAUUUUUAGGUAUCUUUGAAUGUCUCUUUAGACUUUUAAAAAUUUCCUUCUACAACUGUUAAUUAGAAAACCACUGAGUGAAAAUAUACCUUGUAGCUGUCAAGUAAAUUUAGGAAUUACAGCUUUUCUUUAAGUGGAAUAAGAAUGAAACUAAGUGACAGGAUUUCAAGGCAUUUGAACACUCUAAUCUGUUUUGUUUUGUGUAAGAAUGUUUAUUUCAGUGGACACUACUCCAUCCUGACUGUUAGUGCUUGGUUCCCGGGAAGGUGCCAGUUAUCAGUAUUCUUCUGUGAAAUGGCCGAUGCAGGUCGCUCAUUUGAAGGAUUCUGUCAUUGCUUUGAAAGGCACCAGAAAACAAAACCCUUUUGCUUCUGUCAUUUUCUGAAGUGCACUUCCCUUUUCUUUGUCUUUUGAUUUCUAAUAAUUCCUGUUAUAAUUUACUGACACUCAAGUGAAAACUCAGUGACAUAAUAGGAAUUCAUUUAAAUCUACCUCUUCUGUUUUCUGAACCAAAGACAAAGAUUGGUCUCCUGUCUGUGACCCAUACUCUUAAAAAGUUGUUUUCAUUAGAUUAGUUAAGUUUGGUGAAAAGAUUCCUUAUUUUAUAAUGCGUCUGAUGGGUGUGGGACUCAACUCUAUCGUCAGUGAUUUUUGUACUUUUGAACACAUAAAGGACAAUGUUAAGGUAGAUGAUUAGCUCUUUCUUUUUUACUCAAAUUGUGGAAUGAAUAACUGCAGUUCAAGCUACUGAAAAAUACUUGGGUGUUCAUUAUGAAUUUGUUUGCUACUUAACAUUUGUAAGGCAUGAAUGUGAUUUAUCUGCGCAUCUUGUAUUUUUUAAUAAAAUGAUCUUGAAAAAAG